UAUAUCUAUGAAUCAAUAACUGUGAAAUACUUUGUUCUGAACUGAGAUUGAUAGCAAUAUUUCUCUUCCUCACUGCCUGGAAUAUUUACACAAGUAUUUCGCAUUCUAAUUAAACAUCUAAUUACAAGGAAAUCUGUAAUCUUCAGAUACUGUCAAAAUCAAUAGAAAUAUAUAAAAAAACAAGAAAAAUAUUUAUUUAUUGUGGUAGUAUCAGAAACAUUAUAGAACAAUGAGUUAUGGGAGAAAUGUAAAGGAUGGCUUAUUUCUUGAAGAGAUGACGAAAGAAGGAGAAAAAUUAUCGUACAGUUGUGAUAUCUGCAAAAAGUCUUUCUCUCGGAGAGGGAACCUAACUACUCAUAAAUGCAUUUCUACUGGAGAGAAACCAUAUUACUGUGAUAUCUGUGGUAAAUCAUUCUCUCAAAAAAGUAACUUAACUACUCACAAACAUAUUCAUACAGGUGAGAGACCAUAUCACUGUGAUAUCUGUGGGAAGUCAUUUGCAGUAAUUAGUGUCUUAAUAACUCAUAAACGCAUUCACACAGGUGAGAAACCAUACUGCUGUGAUAUAUGUGGUAAGUCAUUCAGUGUAAAAAGUAGCUUGACUAAACAUAAAUACUCUCAUACAGGUGAGAAACCGUAUCACUGUGAUGUCUGUGGAAAGUCAUUUUCUCAAAAAGGUAGUUUAAUUACCCACACAGGUAUUCAUACAGGGGAUAAACCAUAUCCCUGUGAUAUCUGUGAUAAAUCGUUCACUACUAAUGGUCUCUUGAUUGCUCACAGGCGUGUUCAUACUGGAGAAAAACCGUAUCACUGUUAUAUUUGUGGUAAUAGAUUUUCGCAUACAAGUAAUUUAAUUCAACACGAACGUGUUCACACAGGAGAGAAACCCUAUCAUUGUGAUAUAUGUGGUCAAUCAUUGUCUACCAGAGAUAAUUUGGCAAAUCACAAACGUAUUCACACAGGAGAGAAGCCAUAUUUCUGUGAUAUCUGUGGUAAGUCAUUCUCUAGAAGUAGUAGCUUAACUGCUCACAAACGUCUGCAUACAGGUGAGAAACCAUAUCACUGUGAUAUCUGUGGUAAAUCAUUCACUCAGAAAGGUAGCUUAACUAAACACAAACGCAUUCACACAGGUGAGAAACCAUAUCAGUGUGAUAUCUGUGGAAAGUCAUUCACUGAAAAAGGUAGCUUAGCUACUCACGUACGUCUGCAUACAGGUGAGAAACCAUAUCAGUGUGAUAUCUGUGGUAGAUCAUUUGCUCUGAAUGAUACUUUAAUUAAACACAAACUCAUCCAUACAGGUGAGGAAACACAUCCUUGACAUCAUCAUCAUUUUCAUCUCCAAGCUGUCCAUUACCCAACUGAGUUCAUUAAUUCUCUGGAGCCACCUGGAAUUCCACCACAGAAACUUUUUCCGAAGAUAGGAGUCCCAAUAAUGCUUCUAAAAAAUUUAGAUCCUCUUAAAUUAUGCGAUGGGACAAGGUUGAUUGUGAAGACAUUAUCACCAAGCUUAGAUUCGAAACCGAAACUAAGGAUUCUCGCUCGUCUGAGCCACCACCGACCAAUAGGCGCCAAAGGAAUAUUCUUUGUCCUGUCAAAAAAUGAUAAAUCAUCUCCCUUUGACCUAUGACCUCGGCCAUGUCAGGCGAAGUUCAAAUGGACAGAAGCUGCCCUAUUUAGACACAAUCUCUCCUGCAGCAUGUCUGUCUUUGUAACUGCCAUGGCUGUUAUAAAUACUGUGGUCAGCAAAGGGACAGGCAUAAAGGAUCGGGACACGAGAUAGCCUACAACUUUCUCAGAUAAACGACGCUCACACAGACACAAAACAUAUUCAGUUCUACCGCAUCAUAUCCACAAAUGUACAAUGCUUUUAUUUCUCUCAACUCGUAGCAGUUGACAACAAAUUAAUGUAGUGAAAAACUGUGUAUAUCAACAGCAAAUGCAAGUCCCGUAAAUAAAUUAUUUAAACUAUAAAUCAACAUCGUUCAUUUGUUUAUUUCGAAGGCAUCCACAUGCCUAUCACAUCCGUUCACCUCACCAUAUUCCAAUACACCGUAACCAUUACAGAUUGUCAAGCGAUGGUGGGGCACAAACAAUGACACAAAUACACACA